AUGGAAAACUUCGACGAAUCUGUUGAUGUUGAGUCCAGAGACCUUCAUUCCACUAAUGGUGGUGAUACACAUGAUUCAGAAUUGAAUGCCGACGAGGAGGAGAGUUAUUCGGCAUCUAGUGGGGAUAAAAGUUCAGAGACUGGCGAUGAUGCAUCUGAUAAUGGCAAUAAUGAUGGAGAUGCAAUUGAUAGUGAGUUAAAUUUUGAUUCAAUUACUUCUGAUGAGAUUCGAGCUAUGGAAUUUGCUACUGUUUUUAGUGAAGCUUAUGAUUUUUAUUACCGGUAUGCUAAAUGUAAGGGUUUUGCUUUUAGGAAAGCUUCUAGUAGGAUAAGAGAGAUAAAUGGUAAUAAAAUAACACAAAUGAAGCAGUUUGUAUGCAAUAUACCUGAUUUAAGAGAGAAGAAACAUUUAACCAGGUUAGAUAGAAAAUUAGAACAUAGACAUUUGAGCCGUACAAAUUCUGAAGAUGGGCUUCGUGUGCAAUACGAAAAACAAAAGGAUAGAUAUGUAGUUACCGCUUUUGAAGAGUGUCAUAACCAUGAAUUAACCCCAGUUAGGUUUGUUAACAUGCACCCUGUUUAUCGUAAAAUUUCUGAAGCAGAUAAGGCUCGGAUUGAUGGUCUUCAAACACGUGGAAUUAGAACUUAUCAUAUAAUGGGGUACAUGAUUGCCCAAAAGGGUGGAUAUGCUAGUGUUGGUUUUUCAAAUAAAGAUUUGUACAAUUAUUUUGAAAAAAAAAUGCGUGAGUGUAUUAAAGAUGGCGAUGUUGUCGCUUCUUUAAAUUAUCUGAAUGUAAAGUUGUCUGCUGAUCCCAUGUUAUAUGUUGAGUAUGCUGUCAACAAUAGUGAUGGACGAAUGAAGUCUCUGUUUUGGACUGAUGGGAGUAGUAGAUCUGACUACUUUUGUUUUGGUGAUGUGAUACAACUAUCCAUUGGUUGUAUUUUCAUGGUGUAA